AUGUCCAGGAGCCUGAAGCAAGUGGCUGUGCUGCUUGUGGCACUUCUGUGCCUGGAUCCUCACGGCCGGGUCGGCUCCGCACCCAUCUGCGCACACGGGCCAUCAGGAUGCCACGUCCCGUCCCUGGCAGAUCUCUUCGACAGGGUCAUUCAGCACUCUGCCAGAAUGCACAGCCUCUCCAACGAUCUGCACUCAGAGUUUGAACAGUAUUUCCUCCCCAGCAAAAACCAUAUUGGAAAGAUCUACCGCAAGUGUCACACCUCCAACAUUUUGACUCCAAACGGCAAAGAGAAUGCACAGAAACUAGCUCGUGAAGAGUUAACGGAGGUGAUUCUUAAACUGCUGAUGGCCUGGAGGGACCCCCUGUUCCAGCUGCACCAGAGCAUGGCUCACCAGCAGGACUUCAACAGCUUCAGCAGUAACAAAGCCCUGGAGAUGGGGGACAUGGCCCAUGAGCUGAGGAAAGGGGUGGAGAAAGUAGCUGAGAAGAUGCGAGUACUGGGAAUGCUCGGCAACUCUGUGACAGGUCUGUCUGCGGCAGAAGCCAUGCUUCCUCUCUCUGACAGCGGAGAGGCCAUGAGCGACUACGAGCUCCUGUACUGCUUUCGACGUGAUUCGAACAAAGUCCAGAACUAUCUAAAGAUCCUUAAGUGCAGAAUUGUACCGGAGCACGACUGUUAGGAAAAAAAAAACAUUGGCCUUUCACCUGCACUACUGGACAGCACAAAGGACACAUGCUGGUCCACAGUUAUCAAGCAUGUUUG